AUGAUUGAAGAAAAAGACUUGGAAGACAACACACCUUCUAUGGAGAACCACAAUGCUGGCAACUCAUUUUCCCCACUUCGCCGCUCAUCACAGUCCAACUCUUUCAAGGCUGAUGAACAUAAUCCACUGGCACCAAAAAGUCAGCAUGUGACAGUUGAGGAUGUUGCUGACGAAGGUGAGGUAGUGGGAGGUGGUGGGCACUAUUUCAAGCAAUGUCCUGAUGGUGGAUGGGCACUGUGGGAAGGGGAAACUGAAUUUGAAAGGUACUGGAAGUACAAGGAAGGCAUUGGUGAGGACAAGUGGGCUCCAUUUUGUGACGAGGAAGAGUGGGGUCUCACUGAGUGGCUUGUAAAAAGCCUUGGGCAGACUUGA